CCACAGCAUAUUAUUACAGAAUCGUAUACACCCACCCACCUACUCAUCAAAUCCUCUCAAUAAUAAUAACAAAAAACAAAACAGAAAAAAAUAAUUCACUAAGGGAACAAAUUAAUUAAUAUUAUGCCUUAAGCCUCACUCCAUCUACAUGCACACACACAUAAUAUAUAGUAUUAUAAAUACCCCACUUCAUACACCACUACAUAUGAUAUACAGUACAGCCAAAAAAACAAAAACACUACUCAUCAAAGGAAUAAUAUAGAAAUAAAAUGAUAGGGUGGGUAGAUGUUUACAAGGUGGUGGAAGCCAUGGUUCCAUUAUACGUGGCCUUAAUAUUAGGUUAUGGGUCAGUAAAAUGGUGGAAAAUUUUCAGUCCUGAGCAGUGUGAUGCUAUCAACCAAUUCGUUUGUUUCUUCACUCUUCCACUCUUCACGUUCGAAUUCACAGCCCACGUGGACCCUUUCGAGUGGAACUAUAGGUUUAUUGGGGCUGACGUUUUAUCAAAGGCGAUCACUGUGGCUUUGUUAGGUUUUUGGGCCAAGUGGAGUAGUAAAGGGAGUUAUGGUUGGUCCAUAACAAGCUUCUCACUUUGUAGUUUGACUAAUUCUCUUGUGGUCGGAGUGCCUUUAGUGAAAGCCAUGUAUGGUCGUAUGGGCAUUGAUCUUGUCGUUCAGUCUUCUGUCGUACAAGCCAUUAUUUGGCUCACUAUUCUUUUGUUGGUGUUGGAGAUUCGUCGUACGGGCAUGGGUAUUUCAUCAAACGACAACAAAGUAGUUGUCGUUGGUGAUUCGAAUAAUAAUAAUAAUAAGGAUUUGGAAGGAAAUAACGACAAUGAAGAUGCUGGUAGUGAUGAUCAACGGUCGUACUGGUUUUUCAUGAAGGGUGUGUGGCUUAAAUUGGCUUCCAAUCCUAAUUCAUAUGCUGUUUAUAUUGGCCUCUUUUGGGCUCUCAUCGCCAACAGGUGGCAUAUUGAGAUGCCAGGCAUCUUCGACGGUUCAAUUUUGAUCAUGUCGAAAGCUGGGACAGGCACUGCUAUGUUUAGCAUGGGGAUUUUCAUGGCGAUGCAAGAAAAGAUAAUUGGGUGUGGGGCUCGGCUAACUGUGAUUGGCAUGGUGUUGAGGUUUAUAGCAGGACCAGCAGCUAUGGCUAUUGGAUCCAUUGCUGCCGGUUUGCAUGGCGAUGUUCUUCGCGUAGCUAUUAUUCAGUCAGCGUUGCCGCAAUCGAUUACAUCUUUUAUAUAUGCCAAAGAGUACGGAUUGCAUGCCGAUGUGCUUAGCACAGCGGUUAUCUUUGGAAUGAUCUUGUCUCUUCCGGUGCUAAUCGCUUAUUAUGCACUUUUAGAUUUAUACAUUAACUGACCCCUUUUUUAAACACCUUAUUAAUUUGUGUUGACAAGAAUUUGUAAUGUAUUAUGUAUUCAUUAUAAUUGGCCCAUAUGUUGUUUAUCUACGUAACAUAGUCAACUUAUUAAUUAACUUAUAAUAAAGAUAUAUAGAAUGAAAAUUUCUUAA